UUGUCAAUAAUAUUUACAGAUUUCAACAGUAUACUUUGAUAAAGGUAAAGUUCAUUUAGGAGGGUUUUGGGAAGAGGAUAAAGUGUAAAUUUAGAUGUGAGUUAUCGGUGAUUUCCUCAGAUAGUUUUGAGAUAUUUCAAAUCCUUUUUAUAAAACAUAAGUGUAAAGAUUCAUAGAGAUGAAUAAAGUUAUAUCAGACCUCCAAGCCAAAGUCAACAUCAGAAGGAGUCUCAAAGACAACCCUUCACAUUCAAGGAACGAAUUUGGUAUCAAAUUCAAUAGGACUACCAUCAAAAAUUCGUUAAAUUUAGAUAAGAGCAUUCCUUUUUGUGAAAAGCUUGCUAUAUUGAAGUCAUACGACAAACUAAGCAAGGAAAAUAAAACUUUUCUGCCUGAACUUGUUAAUGACCUUAAAACAAAGAUCAAGCAAAGCAGAGGAGCCAUCCUCAAACAGAAGGUUAGAUAUAAGAAUGGUUUAAAAAUAAUAAAAUUGAGAAAAACUCGUCAUUCCCAAGCUUAUUUUACCGAUAAGGCCUUAUCGAAGAUUUUGAUCAAGAAAGGGAAACAGAUGUCAAAAGCUAGCCCUCUUGGAAGAAAAUCAGCUGUUGCCAUCCCUCAGUCGUUAUCUAGUUCUUCGAUUACUAGAGUUCCUACAAACAAAGAUAGUAAAGGAGAUAUUUCAAGACUGGAUAGAACCCCAGUAAGGUAUCUAAGCCCACUAGACGAGUUUAAAAAUGCCUGUCAAAAAACCAAGGGAGGCUGUUAUAACUCGUUGAAAUAACCUCCAAAGCUCAAUCUCGAGGAACUUUUAUAACAAGAAAAAUAUGUCAUCGAUCCCUUUAUGUCUAAAAAGCAAGCUAAAACCUCCAAAGUUAUCUCCUAAGCAACAGGAUGAGGAUGUAAUGAACUUUCUCCGAAAGCUCCCUAGAAGACCUCAUAAGUGCUCUAAAAGCACAAAGAAUAUUGUUGAUUAUAAGAACUCACAGAAGUUGAUUCCAAUACCGGUAUUUCCAUAAUAAUAUGUUAUUCAUAAAAUUUACUCUAUUUUA